CAGAGUUAGGUGCUCCCACACAGAAACAAUUUCACCAUUCAUUCAAGAGUAUCUUAGAGUUCCGAUAUUGUCCAUGGCUAGACUACCCAUUCUUGUUUCCCAUUUCAUCUUUCUAUCCCUCCUCUCUUCCUUCGCCGCAGUACUGGUGGCCGGAGAAGACCACGAAUUUGGGAGAACCAUUGACAGGAAGCUAUAUGGUCUCAAGAAAGAAAAGCUAAGUCAUUUCCGUUUGUAUUGGCAUGACGCAGUCACCGGCUCUAACCCUAGCUCCGUCCUAGUGGUGCCGCCGGAGAACACUUCAACAACAGCCUUCGGGAUGGUAAGGAUGAUCGAUAACGCAUUAACGUUAGGGCCAGAAAUGAGCUCCAAGUUAGUGGGAAGAGCACAAGGGUUUUAUGCACAAGCGUCACAGCAAGAGAUCGGCUUAUUAAUGGCCAUGAAUUUUGCUUUUCUUGAAGGUAAGUAUAAUGGAAGCACUAUCACGGUGCUUGGACGGAACACGGUGUUUUCCAAGAUGAGAGAGAUGCCGGUGGUCGGAGGAAGUGGGCUUUUCCGGUUUGCCAGAGGUUAUGUUCAGGCCAGAACACAGUGGUUAAAUAUGACAUCAGGAGAUGCUAUAGUUGAGUAUAACAUCUAUGUAUUGCAUUAUUGAUUGAUGCUUUUGUGUGUUCUUCCACUUUGGCAUUUUCUUUUCCAGAAAAGAAUAUUUACCUUUAUAUGGUGAUGAAUAAUAAUUACGGGGUCCACUAAUUUUGAUGUUUA